CUGGCGCUCAUCUUCCCGGCUUUCCUUGCACGACAAAUUGGCAAGGUCAUUGAACAAAAGUCAAAACCGGGGGGUAACUUGACUAGCAUUGUGGACAUGGGAAUGCCAGGCAGUUAGACCCUCCUCUUCCGAACCUCAGGCCAUGGACAGACAAUUCCUGCGCCGCGUUGUGUCGUUACGCAACUCUCUUUCUAUCCGUCGCAGAGGACACGAAUCGCCUGUCGAUCUCGAAGGGCUUAUCCAGAUUCGUCACUGGCAGUCGACACACCGGUCAGCAGGGGUUCGGAAUUCAUGCAUGUGCUCUUGCGCCUGCAGGUGCCCGUUCCAGGGCCUUUGUUUUCCAUCGAUGCGACCUCUGUCACCCAUUUUGAUGAUCACCUCGCGGUUGUGUGAUCAACAGAGUUUCGCGGAGGUGCUUGGAGAAGAGUCCGACAUUGCAAGGGCAACUGAUGGUGGAUAUACUUUGGUCGCGUUGUUUACGCGUUUUGAGAACACGCCAUGCCAUUUCCCAUCGACUCUCCCUGCAACCACUUUCAAGAAAUGGUUUAUUGCCGAUAGCUGAGUCGUCAAGGUCCUCGGAGUAUCCCGCCCCCAAUGUUAGACGCCGACUUGAACUUGAUCUGACCUCCUGUAUCUCGCAGGCAUGGCCGCAUCUUGGCGCAAUUGGUCCUUGACGAGACCGAUGCUGAUGCUCAGAUUUCCGGCCAGUUCACAU